AUGUGGUUCCUGCUCCUGUGCCUUACCCUGUCUCUGGAGAAAUAUGGCGCCCUGCCCCUCCUUGUGACCAGGAUCAUCGGAGGCUGGGAGUGUGACAGACAUUCCCAACCGUGGCAGGCGGCUGUGUAUCAUUAUGACAGAGCUGUGUGUGGGGGCAUCCUGGUGCACCCCCAGUGGGUCCUCACAGCCGCCCACUGCAUCAGCCGAAACAUGAACGUGGGACUAGGUCAACACAGCCUGAGUUCUGAUGAAGACACUGGUCAGUAUGUGGCUGUCAGCCGCUCCAUCCCACACCCACUCUACAACAUGAGCCUCCGAGAGUCCAGAAUUCCCAGCCCGGGUGCUGACAACAGCCACGACCUGAUGCUGCUUCGGCUGAGUGAGCCAGCCAACAUCACAGAGGCCGUGAGCGUGCUGAGCCUGCCCACUGAGGAGCCUAAACUGGGAAGCCAAUGCCUGGCAUCUGGCUGGGGCAGCAUCAAUCCAGAUGAGUCUAUAGAGGCAAGGACCCUGCAGUGUGUGGACCUCAACCUCAUGUCCAAUGAUGCCUGUAAGAUGGUUUAUUUGCAGAAGGUGACAGAAUUCAUGCUGUGUGCUGGGCACCAGGGAGGCGGCAAAGAUACCUGCAUGGGUGACUCCGGAGGCCCCCUUAUUUGUGAUGGGAUGCUCCAAGGUAUUGUGUCAGCGGGUGGUGACCCUUGUGCCCAGCCCAGUUGGCCUAGCAUAUUCACCAAGCUGACACCAUACAUAGAGUGGCUCAAGACCACCAUGGAGGACAACCUGUGA